GGGAGACUCACCAUCCCAACCUGGCCGCAUUACGGCCCUUCUGAAGGGGCUUAUAUGAGCACUCCAGGCGUAAGUUGUGACAUCUGGAGCACCUUGGCCUCGUACCUUCACACUGCCGGACGUUAGGUCUGCGAUCCGGAUUGCUACAAUGGGGCCACUCGCCUUGAGUUUACGGCGACGGCACUCGACACAGGCCAUCUCUGUUCGACGCAUCCCGCGCAUUUUUUCUCUUCUAUAUCUCAAGCGUUACUACAUGGCAGCAAACAACAUCCAUCCAGCCUUUCGUGUCUUUCCCAUGGCGAUCCCUCCGACAUCUCCCCAGGUCACGGGGACUCCCCCACGCAACUUGACCAAUCGGAUCACCGCCUCCCGCAUGUUUUUGAACCCGAGCAUAUCAGAUCGGACCUUAUGAGAAAUGCAGUUGGAUACGCACUAUUGGUCUGUAGCUCUGGGAUAACUUGCGGUGAUCAUGCACAUGUUGUUGUGGGGUGGUGAAGAGUGUAGUUACCAUAGAAACUCGGCUACGUCGUGCUUACCCGAGGAAUCCCCAAAGUCGAAUAUAUAUAGUAGUACAGAUCUUGCACUACACGAGGGGGGAAACUCCUACUGAUUGGUACUUACGGUAGGCCAUCAUGACAUUUAUUCAGAGUAUCGUAUUAGAGUCGCCGUUGGCUGCGGGUAGCGCUUUCCUUGCCGCCACCGUUGUUGGAUAUGUCGUUUAUCAACGAUACCUGCACCCACUGGCGAAAUACCCAGGUCCAUUCCUUGCCAGUAUCACAGAUCUAUGGCAGGUUCACCAGUUCCUGUCUCUACAGCAACCAUAUCAUCUGACCACACUCCACGAACGAUACGGCCCCAUCGUUAGAUACGGACCGGACAAGCUCAGCAUCACGCACGAGAGUGCUAUCCCCAUAAUCUAUCGGAAAAGCGCCAAAUCGAUGCCGAAGACCGAGUUCUAUGAUGCAUAUGGGGCUGCUCAUCCAAAUGUGUUUGGGAUGCGAGAUGAAGUAAUGCACUCAAUAAGGCGGCGUCAUAUGUCUCACAGCUUUUCUUUAAACUACAUUAAGGAAAUGGAAGAGUAUCUUGACUUAAACAUACGCAUUCUGAAAAAUAAGGUUAGAUCGUACAGUGAGAGAGGGGAAAUAUUUGACCUAAAGAAAACUUUGCAUUACUAUGUAAUCGACGUCUUGGGCGAGCUCGCAUUUAGCCAAUCUUUCGGUGUGCAAGAGGCCGAUGACGAGUCACUUAUCCCGCCGGUGAUCGAGCAUAGCUUUCUAGCGGCUGUCACUGGCGCAUGGCCUGCCAUGACAAUGACCUUGAAACGGUGGCUCCCCUACGUACCACACGCAGGCCUUCGGCGGCUCUUUGCUGGCCGCAAGGCUUGUGCAGAUCUUGCGUCGAGAUGCGUUCAACGACGGCUGAGGGACCUAAAGAAUGAUGGAACUUCAGUGGGAAUACAGGAUAGGAAGGAUAUCCUGACUGACCUGAUCAAGGCGAAACACCCUGAGACGGGCGAAAGGCUGACGCCAACUGAUCUGGAAACGGAGGCAUUUGGUUUCAUAAUUGCCGGAACCCACACAACAAGCGCCACAUCUACACUUCUCUUCUAUCAUCUUCUCCACAACCCUGAGCUCAUGAGAAUAUGCGUUGAGGAGAUCGACUCUAACCUUCCGUCCCUUGAACGGACCGAGACUGCGUACUCGAUUACAGUCGCAGAAGCCUCUCUGCCAUUCUUACGAAACUGUAUUCGAGAGAACUUCCGCAUUACCCCGGUGUUCACGAUGCCGUUAGCACGUCGUGUUACUGAUCCCGCCGGAGUAACAAUAGAAGGCGAAUACUUCCCUCAAGGGACGUCACUCGCUGUAUGCAACCACGCAUUCCACCACAACCCGACUGUCUGGGGGGAGGAUCAUAAUAUAUUCAAUCCCAAUCGCUGGGACAGUCCAGAUAUAAGCGCUAAAGCCCGGCUCCUGAUGCAUUUUGGACUGGGUGGCCGACAGUGUAUUGGGAAGACUGUGGCGACUACCAAUAUAUACAAGUUGCUUAGUACACUGCUUAAGGAGUUUACGUUUGAGCUAGCUGAUGAGCGGGAGCGGGUGGAUGUGGAGAAGGGCAUGUAUAAAGGCAGAAUCCCGAAGCUUUUUAGUGUUGGAAUCAGUGACCUGCAGGGACCUUUGCUCGUUAGGGCUCAUGUUCGUUGACAUCUUUAAGGAAGCGUUACUACAGAGAAUCAUCGGUUUGUUAUAGUAAGGCAUUUGAUGGUAUGUGGCAUU